ACUUCCGCUACAGAGGAAGAGCUGCUUGAGAUGCUGGACGGUAGCGAGGCGCAGAUACACACACUGCUCGACCGCGUGGCGCGUCUCGAGACCCAGCUGCAGCUCGACGGGAACGAAGACGUGGCCGCAGAGCGAUCCACCUCGCACUCUCCGCUGACUUCAAGCUCGCCGUCGUCCUCCGGGACCUCAUCUCCCCCGAGCAGCAGCACGGUGGUGAGACUCAGGGAAAUGCAUCGCUCGCGAGCGCAGCCGACAAGACUAGUUCGUCCAGUGCGUCUUCGCCCGAGCAGAGCAGACGCGCUGAGGCACACCACUCAUCCUCAUCUCCAGCUGAGACAACCGAUGCUGACCCUGGCCCCCUGCCUGCUGUGCGUCGCACAUCCUACUCUCGUCGUACGGUCAGCGAGGAGACGACAGACAGCGGAUACGCAGCCGACCCUGCGCGUUCCUCCAGAAUAAGCGUGCCGCGACUGGAAAGCCUGGACUGCGAGGCAGACGACGAGUCGCUCCUCGUGACGAGCACUGGAAAUGGUCGACGAGCGCAAACAACUAGUGGAGCAAGUCCUAAGGGCAGAGACGACGUGCCUGUGUUCCAGUUUGCUUCGGAGGACGAUCGCGCUACGGUGCACAGCCCAUCCCCUCUGCACGUGUGUCGCCAUGGCAGCAUGAGCGGUGGUUCGCCGCACCAUGAACCGCUAGCCAGGAGCACGGCGACUCGACGAUGGCAUUCGGUCGCCGGGCAGGUGACGCGCUCGCCCGGCAAAGACGGGGAAAGCGGCGUUGGAGCUGCUGCAGGGGACGAUUUGCAGCGCGGCCUGAGCAGCACGGAAAUCGAGGUGCCGCGAUUCCUCCGGAACUCCAUCGGUGGAGGCUGUGGCGGCAGUGGUGCUGGUGAUGAGCGUCCGACACUGAACGGUCACGUGGGCAUUGCUCCCCUCGCCAAUACUGCCGCGCGUCACGCAGGCUUUGCUGCCGCGGCGCCAGGUCCGAGCGACGCGCAGCUGCACGAAGAGCUUCUCGCGCAGCUGACGACGCGCAUGGAGGAUGUCGUGCAGCGUCAGAUGCAAGACCUGCGUAGGUGGUGGAGAGAAGAGCAGACCACCGCCACUGUUGGCAGCGGCAUGAGCAGCAGCCCAGGUCUGAGGCCGGCUGCACGCCGCUCCCUGAAACAGAGCGUUGGCCUGACGCGCUCUCGUACGAUCCAGGACGGGUUUGAUCACUUGCCGACGGCGUCGCAGGCGCCCCAGGAGAAAGCGACGCGUAGCAACUCGGCGCCCAGCAUGGGCCUUUCGCAGGCCGUUGCCACGCACAGCAGCGUGGUGCGCAGUGCUCGCAGCUGGCUGAAGGGAUCGCGUGUCUCCUCGCGCAUCCGCUCCAACUCCUCCGUCGAGCUGUCCAAGGUCAGCGAGGAGGGCAGUGCCGAGCGAGGGCCAGGCCCACCGGCGACCAAUCAUGGCGCAGCUGCCAUGGCAAUGACGGUGACGACGGCAUCAGCUCCGACGUCGCCGGGAACCCCCACCACCACCGUGCUGGCGAAGAGUUCGUCUCAUCUGACGUUGAUGCGCCAGCCCAGCUUGCCCGCCAAUACGGUCUUCAUUCUUGAUCAGUCCGACGACGAUGGGUCGUCGCGUACCAGUGACUCGGACUGAGAGUGAAGACUGUGUGCACCCUAACCAGGUAUUGGGAUGCAUUUUACUGCUGAACGUCAACUAUUCUCCUUCAGCCACAGCGCCAACCUCGAAAUAUUGCCACAGAACACGGCAUAGCAUGAUGUGCAAAUUAAUCUGUUCAAGGCUGAAUGCUGCUGCUUCCUGGCCUUCUUGACUACUGACGGUAAACCUAGUGCAAGCGUUCUGGAGUAAAGGAGCAGCUGAUUGAAUGUUCUCCUGCUGGUCACAUACUUCUGACGUGUGCAUGUCUGUAGGCAGCCAUGUCCAGCCUGCCUGCCAAUCAGCAAGCACACACGCACACAGCGCUUGUAUUCGGGUGCGGAAUCACGCCGCCAUCUGGACAUCGGUACAAGCCUGCCGGAGAAAAAAUACCGCACGCACCGUCAACUGCAACACGCUCUGAAACGUUCAUCACCGGACACUGACCACUGACAGUCGCCGUACAGAUGCGAUAGGAUACUUUUUUUGUAAAAGUGAUACAGUUCGUGUUUUGUUGCGAAAUUUAGGAUUUGGACCGGUUUACGAAGAGAUUUUUGCAACUCAACUUUCAGAGCUGUCGUCUGGACCACCUGCUAGUUCGGCAACCUCUUGUACGUGCCACAUUUACACACUAACACAUGUGCUAUGCCGGAAAAGCGAUAAUGAUAUGGCUGGCGCAGACAAGAGAACAAAGGAGUCGUGCUCACUGACUGCUUGGUAUUGCUAGUAAUUUUAGUACUUUUCUAGCAAACAUGUAAGAGCCAAUAAAUAGGAUUUUCUACGCUAUUGAGGACAUGUUGCGCAGGUCCUCACUUACACUCUGCAGGCACCUCAAAAAUGGAUAAAAUUUAUUAUUCUUUUUACAUUUUGCUGAUCUCACGGAUUAGCAAUGGGCCGAAAAUGUCGUGUCGUUUGUCCAGCUACGCGAACCCAUUGUCAUCAAACUAUUGGCUGUCUUUGUCAACUGUCUGGAAAUGCUUUUUUCUAGAUUCUGAAAGAAAGUUUGAUAGGCAUGUCAACAGGUAAUGUUCAGACAUGAACGGAUUCAAGCACCCCAUUUACACAUUUUUUACAUACGUUAUAUAACUUUGUGAACAAGAAGAAGACUAGCCAAGCUUGCUUGGUGAUGUCAACGCGAACAAGCAAAUAAUAAUAAUAAU